ACCUUGUUGCAGAGUUUUGCACAGGAUUGUUAUUGCUGCUUUGAAGUGUGAUGGUGAUCUGUGUUUCUGGGUUUGUUUGAUCCUCAGUACUGCAGCUGUUAGACACUGGCUGGACUGGCACAUCCCUCCCUCUGUUGGAUUUGCCUUUGUUUAUCGAGGGAAAUGUUUGCCAGUUCCACCUUCUGUUAAACGAGGUUUUCCUUUCAAAAGAUGUAUAUUCUGUUAAUCGAGAAGUUGCAGUUAUUAUCAAUGAAAAAAAACAUACGGUGUCCGUGAUCGUUUUAUUUUCUCAGCCAUAAUCGCUCUGUCUUUCUGAAACUAGUAUUUGUUAUUAGUUAGAAUGCUGUUGUAGUUCAGUUCAAACAGGAUAAAUAAAUUAGCCGGUAGUUUGGUAAACCUGAAUAGUCCGCUGGAUCAAAGCAGCGUUUUGCAAAACGUCAAUGCCACCUUUUAAUGGACAACCUUUGUGUGGAUCAAGAAGUACUCCAGAGAGCCUCCUGGUCCCUGGGGUAACCACAGAAGGUGCCAGACAGAAGGUACGCCGAGGAUUUUGGAUCAACUGUUGAGUUGGUCAAGAUUUACAACAGUUUUCAAGUUCAAAUUGGUAACAGAGAGCUGCUUUACAUAGAUUCUUCAUAAUUUUGAUUUUCAAAAUACUUCAGAAUCUUUAAUGAUGUCUAAUGCCAGCAAACUUACUGAGCAACAAAUCACUCAGACCACAGAUCCAUUGGAAAAAGAUAAUCUGAAGGAUGAUGAACUAACUGCUGACUUAGAAAAAAGGAGCAGAAGUGGUAUAAUAAAUGAGCCAAUAAGCAAAGUUCUAAAGAAACCUCGUUCGUCAACACGCUUUUCUACAUUUGGCAGUACCAGCUCAAUGAAUGGGCAAUUGCAGAAUGGAAGUAUUUUGGUAUAUGGUAAAGAAUCAACAGCUGUUCAAAACAGUACUACCUCAAAGCAUAAAAAAGUCUCUCAUAUGCUAGACAAAUCUGACAGAUCACUGGAAAGCGCAUCAGAAGUACAGAAUGAAGUACACAUUGCUUCGUCAGAUCUUCAAAAGCAGGUGGAACCUGAGCAUAUUUUCCUCUCAAGUGAGCGAGAAGCUGGCAUUUCUGACAUGGAGGUAGUAUCUGCUGCUGAAGCAAUAAGCAGUCCUGUUGAUUUACCCUUCAUGAGUGGCAUUCCAUUGAAUCCAGGUGUUUUUAUUAUGACUCCUGCUGGGAUAUUCAUGGCAGAUAGUGCGCUUCAAAUGGCCGGUCUGGUAGAAUAUCCAUUGCAGAAUGACCUUGCUUCAGCCAUUCAUUCUGGAAAAAAGAAGAGAAAGAGAUGCGGCAUGUGUGAGCCCUGCAGAAGAAGAUUAAAUUGUGAGGAAUGCAGUAGCUGUAGAAAUCGCAAAACUGGCCACCAAAUUUGCAAACUGCGGAAAUGUGAGGAACUUAAAAAAAAACCAACAGCAGCAUUGGAGAAGGUGAUUCUUCCUUCAGGAGCAGCAUUUCGAUGGUUCCAAUAGAUGUGAGCACGCAAUUCCCGGAGUUGUGUCAUUAAGUGCAAUGUGUCUGCUUGCUUGUAUUGUCUCAGGCAAACAUUGUCGGCUGAAGUAAAUGGACGCACCCUGUGUUUUCUUAGAACCAAAACUCUCUUUCUGCAACUUUCAUUCCAAUUUUUAUGGAGGUGAAUUUUAUGUUGUAAGAAUGAAUAUCUUUAGUCAUUGUACAAUGUGUCAGUGCUAUUACAACAAAUCUGUAAAUUGCAGUACCAAGACAAAAUGGGCACAGUAUGGACAAUCAGAUUUUAUUUGUUUGAUGUUGAUGUCUGUUGCGUAUAUUGGAAAGUGCUAGGAGUGUUUAGAAAGUUAAUUUUACAGAUAUCUUUUAAGACUAGUUGACUGAACACACUGUUCUAGACAUAGCACAAUGGUUAAAUUACAUGCCUUUUCCAAUCUACCUUUAUUCUAUAUUUUAAUGCAUAUUUCCCCAGCUGUCAUUAAGUUGAUCGUUGUAUCAUGGCACCUCUUGACAUUGUAGUCUUGGACACUUAAGUAGACACUAGAAUAUAAUUUUCAUAAUUUUGUUUAUAAACAUAAUUUUUGUAAAUUGCUGAAAUAACAUCACUUUUGUGGUGGUCAAUAAGCCACUGGGUUUUCAUGUGAAAUCACCAGCUUCACACCUAUUGCAUGGUGCAUUUUGUAAUGAUUUGGCUGUUUUUGGCUGUUUUGUGUAGAAAAUUAGUGGUUUUUUUUGUGUGUCAAAUUUCAAUUUGCAGCUCAUAACCUUGCAUGUGGCACUUGACAUCCCUUGUGAUGAGCAGACCGAUUUCUGGAAAUGCUAUUUAGGGAGGUUAGCGUUUCAUGAAAUGGCAAACUUUGUUACUUCUGGUAUAAAGAUACACUUAACACAAUUGUUUUAAUUGCCUGCAAAAGAAAAUCAGUGCCCCAAUGAUACCUAGGCAUGGUGGACCACAAGAAUCCCACGUUUGUGAAAUCUUUCAAACCUCAUGGCUGUUGAACCAUAAAAGCAUGGCAUUUUAGGGGCACAGAAUAUUACAGAAAUGGUUUAAAAGUGACCAAGGAAUCAAGGUUCUAUACUUGAGGGGAAAAAACCUUUUUCAGCAAUGGAAUACUUUUCCUGCCAGAUAAAUUGUAUUUUGUUGAUUGAUUAACAUAGCAGAGAAUGGUAUUUAUGUUUAUACAACUUCUGUGGAAAGGAGAAAGAACUGCAGUACUUUGAAACAAAGGAUGCACACAUUGGCUGUAAUAAUAGUAGCCACUUAAUAGCACCUCACCAAAUUGAGCACUGAACCUCUAACGUAUUACCAUUCCUCUCCGCACAAAAGUACAUGAAAACAUAUACACAAAAAAUAAUUUCAAAUAAAAUAUAUGGUUUAAGCUGUAUUCACUCUGCAAGUGUAGGAUUCAUGUGACCUGAUUUAAGCUUCAUGCUGAUGCCCAGUUUAAAUGUAAAUCCAGAGGUAGGGUACAACCUGAUUCUAGAACAAGGUGGAGUGAAAUUCUGUGGAUUGGGCGGUCUUAUACUUGACACCACAUGGAGUGUAAAUUCACUGCAAUGGAUCCCCUGCCUGGGUGCUUUGUAAAUCUACUUUACCUCAAUAAAAAGUUUAGAGAGAGUUUUCCCCCUCCUUGUUUCUUGACAUUCAAAUUACUGGUUCUUGUGGGAGAACCCUGCUCAUUUGUCUAUUCAGACGUGCACAGCUCUCAUACAGAACAGUUGAAGUUCCAGCCAGGCAGAAGCCAAGCAAAGUAAACAGGAGUUGUGAACAAGUGUGCAUGAUUUAAACACACCCUUUAACGCAUGCAUUUAUGCUACUUAAAAUUUACAGAGCCAAAAUUUCUUCUUGAAAAAGCACUGAU